UCAAGUUUCUCAACAAUCUUCCUAUAACACCAAAAUAAUAGAAGCUCCUAUAAUUUCACAAUUAGUAUUUCCUAUACCUGAUAUACAAAAAAUGAUUGAUGAGGCAUUAGCGAAACAAAAAUCUAAUUAUGAUGCUAAGAUAGAAAAAUUGAGAAAGGAAGUUCAAUCCUCAAAAGCACAGAAAACACAGACACCA